AUGCGUUUUCGAGCAGACAUUCAGAAUAACAAUGUAUUCACAACAUGGGUCAAAUUAAGCAACGAAGAUGUUCGCUUUACCGUAAUUCCUGAUCAAGGCUCGUCGGUUUGGGCUGCACUUGAGAUUGUUAGUGAAGUGUUUUUCAAGCGCUCCGAUUGUGGGCAANNGACUAACCUUGUGAAGGACCAAAUCUUCGAAACAUACACCAUCCAGUCCGCAGCAGAAAACAACACAAUCAAUCUCGAGGUGCCGUUACAGAACCUCCAUCGAGCGCUCAAGUCGGCCCAGAACGCCAGCCAUGCAUCGAUUCGCUUGACCAAGAAGAACAACAUUCCACUUCUCUCUUUGACCAUCACGACCGCCAUCUUCGCUGGCGCGCCAAAACCGAUAAUACAGAACGGACCUUCGAAUGAAUACGGCUAUAAUACAGGCUUUCCACCAGGCGAUGAAUACGCCAACCAAUUCCCCACAGACGAGGUCGACGAGCCUGUCUACGAUCGCCCGAACAGAGAAACCAUCAUCACCCAAGACAUACCCAUCAAAGUCCUCUCUCAAGCCGUCGUAUCUGGCUUGCAUGAACCAGUGGCCAGAGAACCAGAUGUCCAUAUCGUGCUUCCACCUCUGCUUCAACUCAAAUCCAUCUCCGAUCGCUUCACCAAACUCGCCGUCUCGAGCACGAAAUCCCCCAAUGGGUCAACUGGCUUCAGAGGAAAUACAGCGCGGAUACCGAAACUAGAGUUGAGCGCAAACAUGCAUGGAUGUUUGAGGUUGAGAUUGAAGACUGAUGCCAUGGACAUCAGCUCAAGGUGGACUGGACUUAGUAACCCAGAACUGGAUCCCAACACUGUGGUGGGCGGCGAGGAGGGUAUUGCACAACAUCCAAGCACGCUGAUGCGGGCACGAGGUGAUCCCGAGGGUAUCAGUGAUGAAGGCUGGGCAGUAGUGAGAUUGGACGGUAAGGAUUGGGGUAAGGUCUUGGGUAUUGGAAGAGUGGGUGGAAGAGUCAUCGCUUGUAAGUCUUACUUCUGCUGUCCAUUGUAUCCUCAUGCUAACAACCCUCAGGCNUUUUGCGAUGAGCAUGCAUUGAUAUUAUAUGUCUAUCUCACCAACGAAGCGGUUGGCGGUGCAGAAUCGGUGAUCACAUACUAUAUCAGUUCGUACAGUCAGUGA